AUGGAACGGAAGUUAUCUCUACUUUACAAGUGACGUCUGGCCCAGACGUGUCCCCCACAGUUCACACGGUAUUGUUUUAAUAUCGCGAGAAUUCGCACAGCCCCUCACUACGUAAUGUGCCGUGCUGCUUAUGGCGGCGCUGGUGACAGUGCUGAAAGCUGUUGGGUAUGAAGUGAAACCGAAUUGAUUUUUGUACCAUCUGAAACCUACUUCAAGUUCAGAUCAUCUAUCGGUCAGAAGAAACGUCAAGGAAAAAGAAAAUAACAAACAUCCCCAAAACGACUCAACGGUAAAACAACUCUAAAGACCAAGACGAAGAACUGCACUGCUACAAAACGAGAAAACUAAAGCAACCAAACGAGCAAACCAAAGAUUUAAGAAACAGAACCAGGCCGCAACGAGCGUAGCAACCAACCAUCAACGUUAACAGCAAAGGCGAGACCUGAUCUGAGACAAGAAGUUUGUGCCUACUCAACAGCUUUGAAAAAGCACACGUCCCAACGCUGCGCCAAGCCCUCCUCAUCCUCCCCGCACCUCUUCCUCUUCUGGGGUGCGGAGAGGGCUGCUGUCUGCUAGUCUUUUCAGUUUUUACCUUUUUCUUUCUGUCAAUUGCAGACCGAAUCCCUCCCUCCUGAUCUUUUCCCCCCCCCGUUCACCUAGUCUUUCUCGUGUCUUUGUUAACUUUUUUUUCCCCCAAAAAGAAGUGUUCAUACACCUGCACUUGCCUUUUUAUUUGAAUAUCUUUAUUUUUGGUUUUGCUUUUUAUCCUUUAUUUUUGCAACUUUUUGUAAUUAGACGUCUGCCAGAGAGCCGAACCUUACAAGUGUGUGUGCAUGUGCGUGUGUGAGACGAAUCUGAAGCAUUGAUUGGUCCAAAUCAUUACAGCCUUCCAAGACAACAGAACAAGAAAUCCAGAGGUAUUUUGUUUGGGGUGUAACCAAAGAGAGAGGGGAAGGGAAGGAGCUGCAACACGACGACUGAAUUAAAAAUAAGAUAAAAUCUAGACUCUGGGAAACGACUUAAUCUGAUCCAUCCCAGGUGUAGUAGAUUUGGCCACUGUGAAUGGGAUAAUUAUGGGUAGUCCCUGGAAAGGUUUUGUCGAGUUUACCUUGCCGGCGUCGCCACCUGCAGCUUUUGUUAGCGCUGACCUGAACAGCACCUCGCCCGUCGGUCUCAGCCUGUCACCCUACGGCCGUUCCAUGAGUUUUGACCCCAGUCUGCUGCAUAGUAAUGGCCAUGGUGGAUUUGCCAAUGGAACAAGCAUGGGAGUCCGUGAGACAGGAGUGGUUGAAAAACUGCUUACAUCGUAUGGUUUCAUUCAGUGCUCUGAGAGACAGGCCCGUCUCUUCUUCCACUGUUCUCAGUACAAUGGCAACCUGCAGGAGCUUAAGAUUGGAGAUGAUGUGGAGUUUGAGGUGUCGUCUGAUAGACGCACUGGCAAACCAAUUGCGGUGAAGCUAGUAAAAAUCAAGGCAGAAAUGUUGCCAGAAGAGCGAAUUUCUGGGCAGGUGGGGCCUGACUUGCACGCCUCUCCUUUAACUGUGCUGCAUGGUUUUAUUCAUCCAGUAGUUUCAGCCAUCCCCUCUCACCUGGACGGGAAGUCUGCACCUGGCCAAGUGCCCACAGGCAGUGUGUGUUAUGAGAGGAACGGGGAAGUGUUUUAUUUGACAUAUGCCCCUGAUGAUGUGGAAGGAAAUGUUUCUUUAGAUACUGGAGAUAAAGUCAGUUUUUACAUGGAGACCAACAAGCAUACUGGUGCUGUUAGUGCUCACAACAUUGUAUUGGUAAAUAAGCAACAGUCAAGAUGUCAGGGAGUGGUUUGUGCUACCAAGGAGGCCUUUGGAUUCAUUGAACGAGGGGAUGUUGUGAAGGAGAUCUUCUUCCACUACAGUGAGUUUAAAGGGGAUCUAGAGGCUCUACAAGCUGGAGAUGAUGUGGAAUUCACCAUUAAAGAAAGAAACGGCAAGGAAGUGGCCACAGAUGUGAGACUGUUGCCUCAGGGCACUGUUAUAUUUGAGGAUAUUAGUAUUGAAACCUUCGAGGGCACUGUCUCCAAGGUUAUUCCCAAGGUUCCCACCAAGAAUCAGAACGACCCACUGCCUGGGCGAAUCAGUGCCAGAAUUAAUUUCACUGACAAAGAGCUGCUAUUUGGGGAGAAGGACACCAAGUCCAAAGUGACACUGCUGGAGGGAGACCAUGUCCAGUUCAAUAUAUCCACCGACCGACGGGACAAACUAGAGCGAGCGACAAAUAUCGACAUCCUCCCUGACACCUUCCAUUUUACCAAGGAGACCCGUGAAAUGGGUGUGAUAGCUGCCGUGCGUGAUGGUUUUGGCUUCAUCAAAUGUGUGGACCGUGACGCCCGGAUGUUCUUCCAUUUCAGCGAGGUUCUGGAAGAGAGCCAACUGCACAUUUCUGAUGAAGUGGAAUUCACUGUGGUGCCUGACAUGCUGUCAGCCCAAAGAAACCAUGCCGUGCGGAUCAAAAAGCUGCCCAAGGGUACAGUGUCAUUCCACACUCAAUCUGAGCUGCGUUUUAUGGGGGUGGUGGAGAAAGAAGCUGUGCCUGCUACUACCAACAAGAGCUACAGCCCCAGCAAGGUCAAAGAGAAGAAAAAAGACAAGGGUAAAGUUGAAAAGGAUGCAGAAGAAGGCUUGAUUGCGUAUGAAGAGAGUGGAGAGAAAAGCACUAUUCCCUACCAUAUUAAAGACCUGGAUGGAGGCAUUUACCCACAGCUUGGAGACAAGGUGGAAUUCUCCAUCAGUGAGGUGAAACGCACCGGACAGCAAAGUGCUGUGUCCUUCAAGGUCCUUAAUCGUGCUGUUGGCACCAAGAGGCUUCUGGGAUACAUAGCAACACUGAAGGAUAAUUUUGGCUUCAUAGAAACAUCCAAUCAUGAUCAGGAGAUCUUCUUCCACUACAGUGAGGUGUGUGGGGAUGUGGACAACUUUGACUUGGGAGAUACGGUGGAGUACACUCUCUCCAAGGGUAAAGGAAACAAGAUCAGUGCUGAGAAGGUCACCAAAGUUGCAGCUGUGAAUGGAGUAGGAGAGGAUGUGAGUAAUACUGUGUUCCUGGGGAAAGUGGUUCGGCCCUUGCGCAGUGUGGACCCUUCUCAGACAGAGUAUCAAGGCCUUAUUGAGAUCACAGAAGAUGGCUCCAGCAAGGGCCAGAGUUAUCCAUUCGGCAUUGUCGGUAUGGCCAAUAAAGGUGACUGUCUGCAAAAGGGUGAGAUGGUGAAGUUUCAGUUGUGUACAAUGGCCCAGACAGGACAAAAGAUGGCCUGCAACAUUGUUCCUCAGCGCAAAGCCCUGGUGGAGUGUGUCAAAGAUCAGUUUGGUUUCAUCACAUAUGAAGUUGGAGACAGCAAGAAGCUGUUUUUCCACGUCAAGGAGGUGCAGGAUGGUCUGGAGCUGCAGGCCGGUGAUGAAGUAGAGUUUUCUGUGAUUUUGAACCAACGCACAGGCAAAUGCAGUGCCUGCAAUGUUCGCAGAGUCAGUGAGGGUCCAAAACCCGUAGCAACGCCUCGACCUGACAGACUUGUCAAUCGUUUGAAGAGCAUCACUCUGGAUGACACUAACGCUCCCCGUCUUGUCAUUAUCAGACAGCCUCGUGGCCCAGACAAUUCAAAGGGCUUCAGUGUAGAGAGGAAACUCCGCCAGCCUGGUAUUACUGACUGAGAACUGUUCACCCCUCUCCUCUUCACUACGGAUGAGACACCUUGGAGAAAAGCAAUCAGACCAAGGGCAUAGGAAGGGAUUUGUGUGUCUGUUUCUCUCUCUCACUCAUUUGAUCUCUCUCUCUCACCCAUAAAAACAAUUCACAGAAUAACAAACACAUCAAGACUCGAACAUUAGCACACACAGGUCCCUUCCUUUGUCACAGGAUCCCUUGCAAAAAAAAAAAAUACUCAUCUCAUUGUCUUCAUUGUAUGUGUGAUGGUUUUGUGUGGUUGUAAUUUGAGCAAAAGCCCUCUCGUGCUGUGUGAGUGUGUGGUAUGCAUCAUAUGUUUGGAAAAAGUUCACUUGUAAGGUUGUUAUUGUUAUGCAGAGGAUAUGAGGGGAAAUUUGGGUUUGUAGUUCUCACAUCUUUUAGAUUGAGAUGUGGGGACUGUUUAACCCACUUUUCAUUUCUGCUGAAAUUGAAAUGCCAGGAAUUCUGCACCUGCUGCUGUGUGAGUGAGUUGUUGUUUUAGAGUAGCUUUGCCUGUCUGUAUUUUGAUUUCCGUUAUAUAUACUUUAUUCUUCCUGUAUCACUUGAAUACGUCUCCCCAUGUUGUUUCUCACCUGGGUGAUAUUGAGAUAUUGUUGGUCUCUUUUUGGUGAGAAAUAAAAUGACCUUAAAGUUCUUUUCACUCACAUUUUCAUUCACUCACCUAAUUCCUUUGAGUAGCUUUUAACAUGGAUCUGAAAACGAAAUAAAUUUUCUCUGCGCUCAGAACUCACUUGUGUAUGGUUUUUGAUUGUGUAAAUUACAGUUUUUGAGAUUAUAUUGUUUUGUUUUUUAAGGAGCCUUUUUUAAUUCCUGUCCUGAUUUCACUAGCUCCAUCUGGGCAUGUGCAGAAUUCCUAAUGGCAUCUUGUAGCCUGCGGUCUUUUUUUUUUUUUUUUUUUUUUUAAUGAUUUUUCUUCUUUUUUUAAAAAAAAAGAUCUUUUUUUUCGCACAUACUUUUCUUUUUCUUUCUUGAGUUUGAGUUUAACUUAAACUCAAUAUCUGCUAAUGAAUAAAUAAAGAAAAAGGUGCCUAAAAACAAACAAAACAAAAAAUGAAACAAAAAAAAAAUUGGUGUCUCCUCUAUCCCCAAACAGCCACCAAAAUAUAAGAGCAGUUGUAGGGUGGCUUUUUUUUUCUUCUUUUUUUUUCUUUUUCUUCCAAGUAGAGAAUACUGGUGUGGAUCCCCCAAACCUGUGGGUUGAGAAAUACUGUAUGUACUGUGUGCUUUUACUUGGUUGGACCUUUUGAAAACCUAAAUAAAUCAAGCAAAGUGUG